CUGGGGGCAGGCGGACGGGGAGGUGGGCUCCCGCCGCCGCCGCGGUUCGGCGCCACCGCCACUCCUGGGAUUAGGCUCCUGCUCGGCUGCCAUGCGGAGCGGCGGGGACGGAGCGGCGGGGCACAGCGGGAGGGCGCGGGGCGCAGCCGGGCGCUAGACGGGCGGCGGGCGCGGAGCCGCCGGAGCUCUCCAGGGUCCCGGAGCGCCGCCCGCCGCGGCCGAACUCGUCGCGUCGAUGCCGCGGACACGGGCGCUCCAGGGCUCCUCGGCGGCUCCGAGCAGCAUGACACGGCUGAGGUACCUCCGCGCCGCCGUCUCGGGCUUCUAUUUGUGGGAAGCUGCGGUGCUACUCAGCUUGGUAGCUACAAAGGAAACAGACAGUGCAAGAUCCCGUAGCAUGCCAAUGUCACCUUCUGAUUUCUUGGAUAAACUAAUGGGUAGGAUGUCGGGAUACGAUGCAAGGAUCAGACCAAAUUUCAAAGGUCCUCCAGUUAAUGUCACAUGCAACAUAUUUAUAAACAGCUUUGGAUCCAUUGCAGAGACAACCAUGGAUUACCGAGUAAACAUCUUUCUCCGUCAGAAUUGGAAUGAUCCACGUCUUGCAUACAGUGAAUAUCCAGAUGACUCUUUAGACUUAGAUCCAUCCAUGCUGGAUUCAAUUUGGAAACCAGAUUUGUUCUUUGCUAAUGAAAAAGGUGCCAACUUUCAUGAAGUUACAACGGAUAAUAAGUUGUUAAGAAUUUUCAAAAAUGGAAAUGUACUUUAUUCCAUCAGAUUGACUUUAAUACUGUCCUGCCCAAUGGAUCUCAAAAAUUUUCCAAUGGAUGUGCAAACAUGUAUAAUGCAGUUGGAAAGCUUUGGAUACACAAUGAAUGAUCUCAUUUUUGAAUGGCAAGAAAAAGGAGCAGUUCAAGUAGCAGAAGGACUCACUCUGCCACAGUUUCUGUUGAAAGAAGAAAAGGAUUUGUGUUACUGCACCAAGCAUUACAAUACAGGAAAGUUUACGUGUAUUGAAGUCCGAUUUCACCUCGAGAGACAGAUGGGUUACUAUCUCAUCCAGAUGUACAUACCAAGUCUUUUGAUCGUGAUUCUCUCUUGGGUGUCAUUUUGGAUCAAUAUGGAUGCAGCUCCAGCCAGAGUGGCUUUAGGCAUAACAACUGUACUGACCAUGACAACACAAAGCUCAGGCUCACGAGCAUCACUUCCAAAGGUGUCAUAUGUCAAAGCAAUUGACAUCUGGAUGGCUGUGUGUCUGCUCUUUGUAUUUUCUGCACUUUUGGAAUAUGCAGCUGUAAAUUUUGUGUCAAGGCAGCAUAAAGAACUCCUACGAUUCCGACGGAAGAGGAAGAAGAACAAGUAUUUUGAGGGAGUUCUUGAUGGAAAUGAAAUCAUUGAAUCAUUACAGCAUAGCAAUGGCUUGAGAUGUGCAGGACCUAUAGACGGGACUUUGCCUCAAAUCUACAGUACAAAUUUAAGGGAUGACGAUGCACAGGAAAGUCAGUUCAGUUUUACAGCGUAUGGAGUGGGGCCAUGUCUGCAAGCAAAAGAUGGAGUGGCACAGAAGGGGCCAAAUAAUCCUGCUCAAGCUGCACCUAAAAGCCCUGAUGAGAUGAGAAAAGUAUUCAUUGAUCGAGCGAAGAAGAUAGACACAAUUUCCAGAGCUUGUUUCCCUUUAGCCUUUCUAAUUUUCAACAUUUUUUACUGGGUAAUUUACAAAAUCAUAAGGCACGAAGACAUUCACCAAUAACAAGAUUGAGGCUUGCAGCCCUAGAGAUCUGUCUGCCAUGAUCAACAGGAGGCUUUCUGAGAGAAACAAGUGAGUGAGGAGUGACUGGGAAAGAAAAAAGCACUAAGGAGGGUAAACAGAUCCUGCCUAGUUUGAAAUGCCCAUUUACAGUGCAAUGGAAGAAUGACACAAGAGAAGACACUCUGCAACUGCAAACUUUCUAGAUCAAAUGUUAGCAACUCAUCAUAAAUCACUCUCUACUCAAGCUUUACUGCCAAGUGUUUAUACAUACUGUUACAUAGUAGUAUAAUUGUAUAGUAUUAUUUGAUGUUCCUUAAUGUUUUUUUAAACUCUCAUGUAUUUUAACGAUCCCAAAUCCAGAAUAGUCUAUGUAAAUCCCAUAUUACUAGAGAAUAUACUAGUAUUUCUACCUUUAUUUCAGUUUUACAAGAUAACGAUAAAUUACUUGAGUUUAGAUUUUUAAAGACUCUUUCUUGUCCUAAGGACAGGACCUGUGGUUUUGCAGUGAGCACAGUUGACACAUUUAAUUAAUGUAAUUUAUUCAGUAUGCUUUUUAUCAAUCUCCUGGGUGGUAUGAGUUGAAAUAAUCUUAGCUAACCCAAAAUAUUUACAGCUAAAUAGUCUUUGUAUCACCUAGAAGAUACAUCAACAUUUAUAAAGUAUUGAUUCCUGCAAAAUACUUUUUUUUUCUUUUAAUUACCUAUGCUUUGGCAACUUAAAAUAUUUGUAAAACCUUUUUAAAAGUUCACAUUUUUUUCUUAAUUGACAAACUCAUGCAGUAUUUGAGAUAGACAAACUAUAUCAAAAUUU